CCGCGGCAGCUGCAGCUCCCCUGCGCGACAACCGAAGCCCGCUGUGGCUUAUAUUGUUGUUGGGGGUUUAUUUGCCCCAAAUCUGGUUGAUUUGAGACUUGGAGUUUGCUUUUCUCAAGUGUGACAGCAACUUUGCAGCACUCCCUUCCUCUUGCAUCCCAGGAUCUCUCAUAGGGUCGGGGAAAGCCGACUUCAGGCCGAGGGAAAGGCAGGGCCGGCACCCGGCAGGCGCUUCCGGGAGCCGCGCGGCGCCGCCCUAGGUGCGGCUGGCCGGGAGGAGGGACGCGGGGAGGUGGCUCGGGCGCCGUCCCCGCUCCCGGCCCUGCUCCGCCCCGCCGCCCCAGUCCCAGGCAGCCCCCCUCUCCCCCUCCGCAGAAGGCCCGGCUGCCCGAACCCGUCCCGAGGUGACCCUGAGGACCAAAACCAGCUGAUAGAGCCAUGGCAACCACUCCUUCUGCUGCUUUCGAGGCCCUCAUGGAUGGAGUGACAAGCUGGGAUAUCCCGAAAGGCUCCAUCCCCUGUGAACUCCUUCUUACUGGAGAGGCCGCCUUCCCAGUGAUGGUGAAUGACAAGGGCCAGGUUCUCAUUGCUGCCUCCUCCUAUGGCCAAGGGCGCCUAGUGAUUGUCUCCCAUGAGGGCUACCUGAUGGAUGCCGGGUUGGCUCCAUUUCUUCUCAAUGCUGUGGGCUGGCUCUGUCCCUCCCCUGGGGCUCCCAUUGGAGUGCACCCAUCCCUGGCAUCACUAGUAAACAUCCUUCAGAGCUGUGGAGUAGAGGCACAGAUUGGGACAGAACCAGGUGAGCCCCUGGGGGCUUACUGCAUCAAUGCCUACAGUGAUACCAUGACAGAAAAGCUGAUCCAGUUUGUGAAGCAUGGAGGGGGCUUGCUCAUCGGGGGCCAAGCCUGGUAUUGGGCCAGUCAACAUGGCCAUGACAAGGUGCUGUCCAGGUUCCCCGGGAACCAGGUGACAAGUGUGGCUGGAGUGUACUUCACUGACACUUGUGGAGACAGAGGCCGAUUCAAGGUUUCUAAGAAGGUGCCCAAGAUCCCUCUUCAAGUCAGGUGUGGGGAGGAUCUCAGUCAGGAUCAGCAGCAGCUCCUGGAAGGGAUCUCACAGCUGGACAUCAAGACCGGAGGGAUUCCCUCGCAGCUGCUGGUGCAUGGGGCGCUGGCCUUCCCUCUGGGGCUAGACAACAAACUCGGCUGCUUCCUGGCAGCUGCCCGCUAUGGCCGGGGCCGGGUGGUCUUGGCUGCCCAUGAGGGCAUGCUGUGUGCUCCCAAGAUGGGGCCCUUUUUGCUCAAUGCUGUGCGCUGGCUGGCCCGAGGACAGACAGGCAAAGUUGGGGUGAACACACGUCUAAAUAAUCUGUGUCCCCUGCUGUCAGGGCAUGGCCUGGAAUGCAGUCUGGAGCCUCAUCUGACCAGUAACUUGUGUGUCUACUGCUGUGUGGCCUACAGUGACAAGGAGGCUAAGGAGCUACAGCAAUUUGUGGCUGAAGGAGGAGGGUUACUGAUUGGGGGCCAGGCCUGGUGGUGGGCCUCCCAGAACCCAGGCCACUCGCCUUUGGCUGGUUUCCCUGGUAACCACAUCCUUAAUUGCUUUGGCCUCAGCAUCCUAGGUCAGAGUCUGAACCCAGGCCGUUUCCCCCUCCCCACACCUAAGAUGAGGAGCUACCACUUCCGCAAGGCACUGUCUGAAUUCCAGGCUAUACUGAACAAUGAGGGUGGGAACUUGGAAAAGAGCUGGCUGGCAAAGCUGGGAAUAGAUGGUGCAGCCUUCCUACAGAUUCCUGCUGAGGGAAUCCCUGCUUAUACAUCCUUGCACCGACUCCUGAGGAAGAUGCUGCGUCAGUCAGGCCUCCCCUCUGUGAGCCGGGAAAACCCAGUUGCCGGUGACUCCUGUGAGGCUGCAGUGCUUUUCCUGGCCACAGAGCUGGCCCACUCUGGAACUGACUGCUCCCAGUUGGCACAGGGGCUUGGAACUGGGACCUGUUCCUCCAGUCUGUACCCCUCAGAACACCCCAUCACUGUGCAGAUCAAUGGAACCAACCCAGGCAACAGUGAUUCCUGGGUGAGUACCGGGCUCUACCUCCUCGACGGACAAAAUGCAGAAGUCUCCUUGUCUGAAGCUGCUGCCUCUGCUGGUCUCAAGGUACAGAUUGGCUGCCAUACUGAUGACCUGACCAGUGCCAGCAAGUUAUCUCGAGCCCCUGUGGUGACUCACCAGUGCUGCAUGAACAGAACCAAACGGUCAGUCUCCUGCCUCUGGGGGGGCCUGCUGUACAUCAUCGUGCCCAAGGGCAGUGCACUGGGCCUUGUGUCUGUCACCAUCAGGAGGGCCGUGCCUGCCCCAUACUACAAGCUGGGUCAGACAUCCCAGGAGGAAUGGAAGAAGUGCAUCCAGGAGAACCCAGCUCCCUGGGGAGAGCUGGCAACGGACAACAUCAUCUUGACGGUGCCAACCGCAAACCUCUGUGCCCUGGAGGACCCUGAGCCUUUACUCCACCUCUGGGAUGAGAUGAUGCAGGCUAUAGCCAGGCUGGCAGCUGGACCCUUCCCUUUCCGCUGUCCUGAGAGGAUCGUUGCUGACGUGCAGAUCUCAGCUGGCUGGAUGCAUUCAGGAUACCCCAUCAUGUGCCACCUGGAGUCAGUGCAGGAGCUCAUUAAUGAGACUGGCAUAAGAAGCAGAGGUCUAUGGGGAGCCAUCCAUGAGCUGGGCCACAACCAGCAGCGGCCUGGAUGGGAGAUCCCCCCACACACCACCGAGGCCACCUGCAACCUCUGGUCAGUCUACGUGCAUGAGAUGGUCCUGGGCAUCUCCCGGGCUCACGCCCACCCUGCUCUGAGUCCUCCAGAACGAGAGAAGAGGAUCAAAAAACACCUGGACAAGGGAGCCCCCUUGCAAGACUGGAAUGUAUGGACAGCUCUGGAAACAUAUUUACAGCUCCAGGAGGGCUUUGGGUGGGAGCCAUUCAGCCAGCUCUUUGCUGAGUACCAGACCCUCUCUCGCCUGCCCAAAGACAAUGCUGGCAGGAUGAACCUAUGGGUGAAGAAGUUCUCUGAAAAAGUGCAGAAGAAUCUGGUUCCUUUCUUUGAGGCCUGGGGCUGGCCUGUCCAGAAGGAAGUGGCUGAUAGUCUGGCCUGCCUGCCCAAGUGGCAGGAAAACCCCAUGAGAGUGUACCUCCAAGCCAAGAAGUAAAGUUUGUGCAGCAAAAUGGGAGGGGAUGGGGGGAGAAGAGAAGUGAUCGGUCCUCCAACUCCACCCAUGUUUCUGGCUUCCUGUGCUUAGUACCGUGAACCUGAAUCCUACUUUUGGAAGGAUGUUAAGGUCAUAAGAUUAAAUGGGACCAAUUCUCUCAGGUAUGUGCCCUUGUGCCUUUUUAUAUUGUUUCUCUACCUGUAGUAUUACUCUCACUGAUCAGAGUCCCUCCUGACCCAACUCCAAGAGUCUCCAAGACUCUGAGACUUUGUCUGCCAUUGUAGCUCCCCUAGCUGAGGCACCUGGAGGUCCUGGGACACUGUUAACUUUUAUUUUAGACCAUUAUUUCUGAAGACUCUGGGACCCCAACUGGGAUAAAUUUGCCAUAAGAAUCUGAUGUCACUCCUCACUCCUACAGGCCCUUAGCAAGGCUCUGCACUUCUGAUGCCUUGAGAAGUUUUCUAAUUACUUGGAAGACAGGCUAGUAUAGUGGGGAGAGCAUCAAACUACCUUGGAAACUCAACCUGUCUAUGGUUCUGUGUUCAUUGCCUCACAGGAUGAUUGUGAAUAUUCAGUUCGAUAACUGUAAACAUGUUUGUAGUCUGCACCAUGUAUACACAUGUAACAGUGUUUUUUAACUUUUACCUGGUCCCAUGGUGGCCUGUCUGUCCAGUCAAUUAUGAAAACUUGAACACUGAAUCUCACUUCAGGGAUGACUACCUUGAGGUCCCUUGAAUAAGGGUAUUUAGAGCAUGUCAAUGUUGUACUCAUCAUUAUAUCAAUAAGAAUACUUGUUGGUAUCCUAGCUCCUCCCACAUCUUUCCUCCCACCUCUGGAAGGGUUCUCGAGUAUAACCUAAUCCAGAGAAUAAUGGCGUAUACUCAAACUGGGUCUUACAAGGCUAUUGUACUUCAGUCUUUUUGGUUAGUUCCAUUUUCCAGGACUUUCAUUUCAAGCAAAGGUAAAAGUUAUUUAACCACCCCUACAUAAACCUCUGGCUCCUCUAAUCACCAUGGAAUCUAAUCAAGGCACUGUUAGUUUUUAAUACCAGCUGUGCAGAAAUGCCCAUAGACAUGGUAGGCUUCACUCUACAAUAUGCUUGGAUGCAGCUGACCAAACCUACUUAAUUAACCCACAACCCAACAUUCCCUGAAGCUGUCUCAUAAUCUCAUUCUAACCUAUCCCAAUUCUUUGGUAGGUGGAGUUCUAAUUGAAGAUUCUUCUCCAGGAUUAAUGAGGAAUACACCUACCCAUUUUUUCUCUAGUUUACUUUUAACUAUAGUUGUUUGUCUUGAAUAUAAUUACAUAAGCUUUAUUGAGAAUACAGUGGCUUCUCUGAAGGAGGAUUGACCUAGGGGAUGUCUUUUCUUGAAUCUCAUCUCUCAAUUCUAGAAUAAUUUCUUCUUUUUUCGCUAGUGUCCUUUGCUAGGUGCCUUGUGCAUAAAAUAUGCCCAAUAAAUAUUUGUUAAAUGAAAGAACAGUGACACCUAAUACAUACUGAACAGUGAAUAUGUUCCAGGCAUCAUGUGAGGUAUUUUCUAUGGAUUAUCUCAUGUAAUCGUCACAGCAGACCUCUGAGGUAGCCUGUUUAAAUUUGAUAUUUAAUAAAAAUCCAAAGUGAACACAGGAAAAAUCAAAACUUUGUUGUUGAAUUUCCUUUUAUCCAUUUUCUUAAAUUGUAAAUCAGACUUUCAUUAGGUAUAUAUUUGGAAGCACACAGUUUCUUUGAUACUAGAGAAUCAGAGAAGAAGAUGUAAUUCUGGAGCUUCUGGUAAUCAUCUUACCCAUAAAGGAAGCCUGCCUAAGAAUGGCACCAACAUAGAAGAAAGAAGAGGCAAGAAAUGGGGAAAACCAAGUCCUGGUCACAUGAUUUCAAUUCUUGGAUUUAGCUAUGCCUGAAGGAUCUUCCCUUGGACUUUUCAGUCAUGUAUUCCAAUAAAUACUAAUGUUUGUUUAAACUAAACAGAAAUGUCACAGUUGAAGUCAUCCUCCUGAGUCCAACCCAACUAUGACUUAGUAUUUUUUUGUCUGGUUACUUCAAAAUUUUAGUCUUGCCUAGUGCCAUUUUCCCACUUCCUUUGAUCCAUUUUCAUCAAUUACAUAAGAAUUCUGCUCUAAUCUUUAUUCCAAGGUUCUAUUUCCCACCCUGGCCAACCCUUCUUUCUGUCCAAAUCCACUCAACACACUUAAGGAUUCCCUGCCCACAUUAUGAUGGAUCAGAGGUGUUUUAUAAACAAUGCCUGUGGCCAAGGUCUACAGUUGCAGAUUCUCUCCAGGUGACCAGUUCCAGCUCCAGGAUCUGUGCAUUGUUAUUGAACAAAGCUUAUUCUUGGGCCUCUGCCUGGCAUCUUUCUUUUGACAUUUAGACUUGAGCUCUCUCUUUGGCUCUGUAUUCCAGCUCCACCCUUGAACAGCAUCUUAGAACUCCUUCACCUCUAUGUAUUUCAAGCUUCUGGUGACUUCUAGUCUUCUUUGAGCCUAGUCUUGAAAAUUACACACCCAUCUUCUUAUCCACAUAGAUAAUUCGUGAUUCAAUCAACAUGAGCUUCUUGUCUGCCAUCUAUUGAACUAAAAAUCUUUCUUUUCUUACCAAAUCUAAUAUUCCUCUCAUCUAUAUGUUUAUUUUGCACUAUGACCCAUUGUUCUCAAAUGAGAAUGUUACAGUGAGCAGCUCUGUCUAAACUUGGACAAAUAAUGUGCAUAAGUAUACAAAAAGCAAGAUCCAGCAGAUUACAAAGAGGAAAGUUUAUCUCUUCAUUUCCAAGUUUUGUAUCUGCUUCUCCUAGAUUUUAUCCUGUGUUCAUCCCUUUUUGUAAUAUCUGCAUUCUACUUUAAAGAUUUCCAUUCUUGACCCUUCUCUAAAUUGAAAAAAAGGCGGGGGAGUGGUGUGGGUACUGGAGGGAAUUCCCCUUAUUUUUUGCCAAAGAUCACUCAAAGGAAGGAAUUUAGAAGAGCUCCCACUUCUACUCUAGACCACUGCCAACUAGAAAAGUACAGUAUUUGAGAUAUUCUUAUUCUAAGUUAGUUGAGUUUUAAUCAGGAAACUUUAAGAGAUUAUGGAAAUAUCCCACAGGUUCAUAGGUUUCUGGGUAAUGGCCUCUCUGUUAAGUGCCCUGGUGUCCCUGCAAUUCCAAGCAUUCCAUGAUAUGAAACAGGCGAUUAGGUUUCCAAACUGCCACAUUUUCAGAAUUGCUGGCUCUGCUCUUGCUGCCUUCCAGCCCAUUCUCCACAUUGUAGUUAGAAUAGCCUCUCUAAAUUUUAUGUCAUACACAUUGCAUUCCUUUGCUUACAAGCCUCAAAUGGAACUUGUGGUUCAAGAAGCUGGAGUGAGCCUACAUGUUACAGGACAAAAUGUAAAGUUAUUAACCUUGCCAAUGUGAAGGCCACAGCAAUGUGUAUUGGAAAGUGGAAAAGAGCCAAGAGAUAAUGCCUGACAUUAAUGGAACAAAGCAAGAUGAUCUUAUACAGUAUUUAAAUUAUGGAGCAAGAUGAUUGUAUAUAGAUUUAAAUUAUGGAUUUAACCACUAUAAAUAUUAAAAUUAGCAAAAUUGUCAAACAGCAAUGGAUUAGAGGAAAUAAGACACUCAAGUAAAAUUCUCAUGCCUCUUAAAACACAGUUAAUAGAUAUUUUCGUAAAUCAAGAAAUAAUGGUAUAACACACUGGAAAAUAUGAUGUAAUAUUAUCUGCUUCAUGAUAAUCCCCAGGGUGGGGGAAGGCACUGGAUGGGGCUAUAGAUGAAACAAGAUUGGUCAUGUAUGGUUAAUUGUUGAAUCUGGGUGAAGGGAUACUUGGGUGUUCGUUACUCAACUUUGGAUAUGUUUGCAGAUUUUUGUAAUACAAAUAUUUCAAAUAGUAUAAGCACAUUGUUUAUCAUAUAGACAUAGAAGAAAUUUUAAAAGAAAAGCUUUGAAGUAGUUUUGCUUG